AUGUCUAGCACGACUUUGGGCGAAGAUGAGAGCAGGAUUUGCGUCGCCGUUCGCUGCAGACCGCUGUCGGACACGGAGCGGAACCAUGAGGUCUUUGACGUCUGCAGAAUCAUGGACCGCCGCUUGGUCAUCCUUCUGGACCCUGGUGCUGCAUCGAAUGACUACCUCAGGCACGACAAGUCCAAGGAGAAAAGGUUUGCUUUCGACCAAGCUUUUGGCGCAGAUACGGACAAUGGAGUCCUCUUCAAUGCGACAGCCGAGCCUCUGAUAGACAGCGUCCUGGCCGGCCUAAACUGCAGCGUUUUCGCUUACGGGGCAACGGGAGCUGGCAAGACCUUUACGAUGAUCGGCACUCCUGGCGAACCAGGUGUCAUGUUCCGCACAGUUGCCGGCUUGUUCGCCAGAUCGGCUCCUGGACAGGACCAUGGUGUCUCUGUUGCUUGCUCCUUCGUGGAAGUCUACAACGAGGUUCUGCGGGACUUGGGCUCCCGAGACGGCCGAGAAGGGAUGCUCGACUUGCGGGAGGAUCCGAUCACAGGACCGUUGCUGGCCGGCGUUACCGAGAUCCAGGCACAGUCCGUCCAGCAGGUCAUGGAGUUGCUGCAACAGGGCAACCAACGAAGGACUACAGAGCCAACGGCGAUGAACGUGACCUCCUCGCGGUCUCAUGCAGUGUUUCAGGUGAGGGUGGAGCGUCGAGAUCCCAAGAACCCAGAAGGAGGAGGGACGGUUGGCAAACUCUCCAUGAUCGACCUGGCCGGCUCGGAGAGGGCCUCCCAGACGCACAACAGCGGCCUUCGGUUACUGGAGGGAGCCAACAUUAAUCGCUCCUUACUGGCACUUGGCAAUUGCAUCAAUGCUUUGGCCUCCGGCUCUGGCUUCGUCCCAUUCCGAGAUUCGAAGUUGACCAGGCUACUGAAGGAUUCUUUAGGUGGAAACUGCCGGACGAUGAUGAUCGCCAACAUCUCACCGAGCCAUCUGAGCUAUGAAGACACCCUGAACACGUUGAAGUACGCCAACCGUGCCAAAAACAUCCGAGUGAGCACCUCGCAGAACCUGAUUCAGCCAGACGACCACGUCAGACAGUACGAGCAUGCCAUUUCGGACCUCCGACAGGAGGCGGCACUUCUGAAAGCCAAGCUGGUGCAGCGGGCGGCAACGCAGCAGCUGCAGGACUUAGAGGCGGAGAAGGAGGUCGGCGGGGAGACCGAGUUAAAGGAGGCCAGUGAGAACUGGAAGCUCGAGAUCAUCAAGAAUCUGGAGAGUCGGUCCUCAUUGCAGCGCUCCCUUCUCGAUGUGGAGAAGGCCUUGGUGCAAUGGCGUGUGGAGCUUGAUCACGCCAAGGAGGUCAUCGCCUACUGGGAAGAUCGCCAGCAUGCUGGCACACCUGGUCGACCCCGCCUAUCGGCAGAGCCACAGACCCUGGAGGAGUGGAAGGAUUUGGUCAGCCAGAUUGAAGAGAACAUGAACGAGAAUGCGGAGACGCGGCGCUCUCUUGCGAGAAGACUGCAGCAAAACAAAGAAGCAGGAAAAGAACUCCAAGCUCAGCUGCCACGGCGAGUACUCAACGAGGACUUGCGGGCCUUCCUCGAGUUGGUUCAGCGAGUGCAGGUCUUGGAAUACGAGCGCCUGGAGCUGGACCACUUCUGGGAGAUCCACCGUCGACAGCUGGAAGACCGAGAUUUGGAGAUUGUGAUGCUUCGUGAACAACUCCGCUUGCGCAACGACCACAUCUUGGCUCAGCGGAAGAGUCUCCCUAGCGAGCCACAGGGGCAGCUCGGAGAUCGAGCCUUCCUCCUUGGUGCAACCUCGGAGAUGCCAGUACAAGAUCAUGGGCCAUUGCGAAUCAUGCAAGCUUGGGCGCCGGCGGCAAAGGAGACAGAUGAAUUCGAGCACUGGGACAACCGACCCCUGCGGCAGCGCGAACGCACUGCCUCCUGCGUCGGGCAGGUGACUCCAAGAGAAGCCUCUGAAUUGGAGCGAUGCUUAUCAAUGCAUGACAAGGCCAUCAAUUGGAGAGCCCUGGAAGUGCCUUUGGCUUCGCAGAUCAAGGGAAUUGCCUCGUUGCAAGAGGACCGGGGCAAAGUACCAAGAUUGUUGGCGAACCCUCCGCUUCCGCAAGCAAGUGUGCCACAGCCGCCUGGGAUUUCGGGAAAGCCUGGAAGACACCUGACGAGCCUGGCUGCGCAUGGUGUGGCGCCAGCACCUGUACACACGGCACGGCGUCCACACAACGCGCAUGCCGAACAUCGUUCUCCGCCGCCAAUGCGUACAGGCAUCACCAGCGAUGCAUCCCUUGCCGGGCGCCCAUUGAAUCGCGGAGUCGAGGCACGUAGCCCGGCGCUGCACUCAAGGCACGGGGUUCUUCGCGCCUAUGGCGUGUCUCCAGCGUAUCGGGAGCUCCAUAGGGACCAGCGCCAGAUGGACCGGAAUGGUGCCCAGCACAGGAAGAGCAGCCCGUGGCGCUCUCGGGGUAUCGGCAAGGCUGGAAAGUUUUUAGUGCACAUGCCAGGCAGAUAG